AUGGCAAUAAACGAUAAGUCCGGUAUCUUGUAUCUGUUCGAUCGACCUGCUGAACCAGUGUACGUUCCUAAAGGUUCCAAUAAGGUAGCCUUCGAUAUUCCAGCCGAUUACUUGCCGGAGAGGUAUCGUUCCGUAGCUACUCAGGUAUUCAAUCGUUUCGGCGAAGAUACCGGCUCGAAACUCCCAGUGAAACAGAUCGCCCUCCCGGAUCUUAGCAUCCCUCUGCAGCUCGGACGUCGUCAGCCAUUUUCACUGUUCAUCCCAGCGCAUCGAAAAAUUGCUGCUCGAUUAAUCGACAUUUUCAUAGGCAUGCGGACGUACGAAGACUUCCUGUCCAUCGCGGUCUAUUGUCGAGACCGUGUGAACCCGAACAUGUUCAUUUACGCAUUAUCCGUGGCGAUACUUCAUCGUCCCGACACGAAAGAUCUUCCAAUACCACCACUGACCGAGGUGUUCCCGGACAAAUACGUGGACAGCGGGAUAUUCUCUAGAGCUCGAGAGGAAGCCAACGUCGUCCCUGAAGGUUCCAGGAUUCCAAUCGAAAUUCCAAGAGAUUACACCGCAUCGGAUCUCGAUGAGGAGCAUCGUGUCGCUUAUUGGAGAGAGGAUGUUGGAAUCAAUCUUCAUCACUGGCACUGGCACUUGGUAUAUCCUUUUGAAGGUGAUGUGCGUAUCGUUAACAAGGACCGACGUGGAGAACUGUUUUACUAUAUGCAUGAACAAAUUAUGGCGAGAUACAACUGCGAACGUCUGUGCAAUCGUCUGGGACGUGUGAAGCGAUUCAUUAAUUGGCGCGAACCGAUACCGGAAGCUUAUUUCCCGAAACUGGACUCCCUGGUUGCUAGUCGAACGUGGCCAGCUCGUACAAGCGGCUCUGUCCUCCACGACAUCAGUCGACAGGUCGACGAGCUGGACUUCGACAUUCAAGAUCUGGAAAGAUGGCGAGAUCGAAUUUACGAAGCGAUCCACACGGGGGCCGUGACGAACGCGAGAGGCGAAAGAAUUCCGUUGACCGAGCGAGACGGUAUCGACGUGCUUGGAAACAUAAUGGAGGCUAGCAUCCUGUCUCCCAAUCAGAAUGUCUACGGCGAUCUACAUAAUAUGGGUCACGUUGCUAUUUCUUACAUCCACGAUCCAGAUCAUCGGUAUUUGGAGAGUUUCGGCGUUAUGGGCGAUUCGGCGACUGCCAUGAGGGAUCCGAUUUUUUACAGGUGGCACGCGUUCGUCGACGAUAUUUUCCAGGAACAUAAAAACACGCUGCCUCAGUAUACCGUGCAACAGUUGGACUUCCCAGGUGUCGAGAUAGCGGAUAUCAAAUUGGCGACUAAUCAACAACAGAAUGUCCUAAACACGUUUUGGAGCAAGAGCGACGUAGAUUUGUCGCGUGGGCUCGACUUCACUCCGCGUGGCGCGGUGCUCGCCAGAUUCACUCACUUGAAUCACGCCGAUUUCACGUACACGAUCCUCGUUAAUAAUCGCAAUAACACGCCGCAAAGAGGCACCGUUCGUAUUUUUAUCGGGCCGAGAGAGGACGAGCGUGGCCUACCGUUCCCCUUCAGACAACAGAAGAAUUUAAUGAUCGAAAUGGACAAAUUCACCGUUACGCUUCGACCGGGGCAGAAUAAAGUCGAACGGAGGUCAACGGAGUCUUCAGUGACAAUACCGUUUGAAAGAACGUUCCGUAACUUAGACGAGAACAGACCGAUAGUCGACGACAAUUUGCAGCAGUUCAAUUUCUGUGGAUGCGGAUGGCCGCAGCACAUGCUCGUACCGAAAGGAAGCAAGGAAGGCUUCCCGAUGGAUCUUUUCGUCAUGGUGUCCGAUUAUCGUGGCGACGCUGUCGAACAAGCGGAGCCAACUGGUUGCAAGGAUGCUGCGAGUUACUGCGGACUGAGAGACAGGAGGUAUCCGGAUGCACGUGCCAUGGGAUAUCCAUUCGAUCGUCAACCUCGCGCGGGUGUUGAAAAUUUAGCCCAAUUCCUCACCGGAAACAUGGCGAUAACUGAAAUUACCGUUCGGUUUUCCGACACGGUUGUACCGAAAUCCAGAUCUGGUGCCAUCGGCAACUCGUUAACUUUUACGUGAACCGUUCCGGAAGACUCACCGAUCGACUCCAUAAAUUUAGAAGAAAAUUACAGAGACACGAUGGUUAAAUUUAUUAAUUAUUCCAUCAUGUUGUUUUACUUUCGCAGAUUUUUUUUAAAUUUUACCAUUAUAAAUUUUUCUCGUUCGUCGAGAAUCUGCAAUGCACAUGUAGAAUCCGAGGUUAAGCGAUAUUAAAAGAUUUUAAUCUAGAGUUCUUUUUUAUUUUCAAACAAAAAAUCUCGAUUAAAUUGAGGAAUUUAAAAAAAAUCAAUUUUUUUUCUCUAUUUUAAAUGGAGUUGAUCAAUUUUACUUCCAAGAGGCUCGUGUAAUCGUAUGUACUGACAUGGACUGAACGGCAUUCAUUAUCAUUGAAUAUUUAAUUUCCUUUCCGUUCGGAAUUGGGAAAUUAAUAAAACGUAUGAAAAAGAAAAAGACGAUUAACAGUGAAAUGUAAUCAUGUAAGCUGAAAUUAUUAUUCAGUAAUUAAUGAUUGAUUUUACUUUACAUUUUUUAUUAUUUUAUAU